AGAAGAAGAAGAAUAUUUUUGAAUUUUGAUUAUGUUUGUCGUCGCCACCCUUUACGACUUGUUCUUCUUCCACAUUUAUUGUAUUAGCCGCCUCCUUCCUCCUCAGACUCCAUAAUCCCUGCCUUUGACCUUUUACGUUUCCUCAUCCUCCAUUUCCAAUCCAUCACACGUUUCCUUCAGCCACCACUGUUGUCUGCAAUUCCUCAAUUUCCUCUUAAAUGCUAACCCACUAAGCUCAACCCGAAGGCUCUCUCUCUCACUCCCAACUUUCUGUAUUAAUUUGUAUGUACGAUUCUUGCAUGUUUAGCUGACUCUACUGGAUUAUUCGCUUGCUUUCUUUUUGGGGUUCGUUUGUUUUCGAGAUUUCGUUGCUGUUCUUGUGAAAGUUUGCGACUUUGGUCGGAUUCGGCAUCUGGGUAUUUCGUGGAUUUCAUGAUUGUUGACUGAAUGCUGUUGGGAGAGGCCUCUGUGAUCUGAAUCUUUUUCGGAUCAUGACCUCGAAGCGGCCUUUUCUGAUCCCAUCUCCAAGAACCCCCAAUACCCAACACCUCCCUACUCUACCCAUCUAUUCCGAUUUCUUAAAUUCCACUUCCGGUGGCUCUGGGUCGUUUUCCGGCAUGGGUUCGAGAAACCCAGCUGCAGCUGACAAUUCCAUCAACGUUGAACCCACCACCCUCAAUUCUACCUCCCGUAGAAGCGUUUCUUCCCUUCAAUCCAAGGCUUACCAGAACAAUUCUGUUCGGGAAGUGAGUUUCGGCGAUGUCGGAUCGAAGCCGGUGCGUUAUGGUUCGAGAGGAGCUGAUUCCGAAGCGCUCAGCAUGUCCCAGAAGGAGUUGAACGAGGAGAAUGUAAGGGUUGUUUAUAUAGAUGAUGUUGCUAAGACAAAUGAGAGGUUUGCGUUUUCUGGUAAUUCAAUUAGGACGGCAAAGUACUCAAUUUUUACAUUUUUGCCUAGAAAUUUGUUUGAACAGUUUCAUAGGGUAGCAUACAUAUAUUUUCUUGUGAUUGCUGUGCUGAAUCAGCUCCCCCAGCUGGCGGUUUUUGGCCGUGGAGUUUCCAUAUUGCCAUUGGCAUUUGUGUUGCUUGUUACUGCUGUUAAGGAUGCCUACGAGGACUACAGGCGGCAUCGGUCUGAUAGAAUUGAGAACAAUCGUCUGGCAUCAGUCUUGGUUGGUAACCAGUUCCAGUCGAAAAAGUGGAAGGAUGUUCGAGUUGGUGAAAUCAUCAAAAUUCAAGCAAAUGAGGCUAUACCUUGUGAUAUGGUACUGCUUUCAACGAGUGAUCCAACUGGGGUUGCUUAUGUGCAGACUAUCAAUUUAGAUGGGGAGUCAAAUUUGAAGACGCGGUAUGCAAAACAAGAAACCCUCUCCAAGUUGUCUGAUAAGGAGAAGAUUACUGGGUUGAUUAAGUGCGAAAUUCCCAACAGGAACAUAUACGGUUUUCACGCAUUCAUGGAAAUUGAUGGGAAGCGGUUGUCACUGGGACCCUCUAACAUUGUACUUCGAGGGUGUGAGCUUAAGAAUACUCAAUGGGCACUUGGAGUUGCUGUAUAUGCUGGUCGUGAGACCAAAGUUAUGCUCAAUAACUCUGGAGCCCCAUCCAAGAGGAGUCGCCUUGAGACCCGUAUGAACUCUGAGAUCAUUGUGCUCUCUGGGUUUCUUGUUACUUUGUGUACAGUUGUCUCAUUAUGUGCUGCUGUUUGGUUGAGACGCAACAAUGAUAAGUUGGAUGACAUACUUUUCUACAGGAAGAAGGACUACUCGGAGGAGAAAGUGGACGAUUAUAACUAUUAUGGAUGGGGUUUAGAGAUUCUUUUCACGUUCCUUAUGUCUGUCAUCGUGUUCCAGGUCAUGAUCCCCAUCUCGUUGUACAUUUCGAUGGAGCUUGUCCGGGUGGGUCAGGCUUACUUCAUGAUCAGGGAUGGUCAAAUGUAUGAUGAGGCCUCUAAUUCAAGAUUUCAGUGCCGAGCUUUGAAUAUCAACGAAGAUUUAGGACAAAUUAAGUAUGUAUUCUCAGACAAAACUGGUACGCUGACAGAAAAUAAAAUGGAAUUUCAAUGUGCAAGCAUGGGAGUAGAUUAUAAUGGUGGGAGAAGCAGUUUGGAGCAAGUGGGGUACUCUGUUGAAGUUGAUGGGAAAAUUUUGAGGCCAAAGAUGAAGGUGAAGGCUGACCCAGAACUUCAGCAAUUACUCAGAAGUGGAAAGAACACAAAUGAAGGCAAACAUGUGUACGAGUUCUUCCUGGCAUUGGCAGCUUGUAAUACCAUUGUGCCUCUUGUUGUAGACACGUCUGAUCCAAAUGUGGGAUUAUUAGAUUACCAAGGGGAGUCCCCAGAUGAACAAGCAUUGGUUUAUGCUGCUGCUGCCUAUGGUUUUAUGCUUAUUGAACGAACCUCUGGUCAUAUAAUUAUUGAUAUCCAAGGUGAUAGGAAAAGGUUCAAUGUCUUGGGUAUGCACGAGUUCGAUAGUGAUCGAAAGAGAAUGUCUGUUAUAUUGGGGUGCCCUGAUAAGGCUGUCAAAGUCUUUGUAAAAGGUGCUGACACAACCAUGUUCAGUGUAAUAGACAAACGAUUGAACUUGGAUAUAAUACGAGCAACAGAAGCCCAUAUUCAUGCUUACUCCUCUUUGGGUUUGAGAACACUUGUGGUGGGCAUGCGAGAACUGAGUGGUACAGAAUUCGAGCAGUGGCACUUGUCUUUUGAGGAAGCAAGCACUGCUUUAAUUGGUAGGGCUGCUCUACUUCGCAAGGCUGCGGGCAACAUAGAAAACAAUCUCGUUAUACUAGGUGCCUCUGGCAUUGAAGAUAAACUGCAACUGGGGGUGCCUGAAGCCAUAGACUCUCUAAGAACAGCAGGGAUUCAGGUAUGGGUUUUGACAGGGGACAAGCAAGAAACUGCCAUAUCAAUCGGCUACUCCUCAAAGCUUCUAACAAGAAGAAUGACACAGAUUAUAAUUAACAGUAGCUCUAAGGAUUCAUGUCGAAGGAGUUUAGAGGAUGCCAUACUAAUGUCUAGGAAGCUCGUGACAGUGUCCGCAGAUACACACACCGACGGAGGAAACUCUGGACAUGGUGGAACUCAAGUAGCUUUAAUUAUUGACGGCACCAGCCUUGUGUACAUUCUUGACAGUGAACUUGAGGAAAAGCUCUUUGAACUAGCAAGUAACUGUGCUGUGGUGCUUUGUUGCCGAGUCGCUCCAUUGCAAAAGGCUGGAAUUGUAUCCCUUGUGAAGAACAGGACGACUGAUAUGACACUUGCCAUUGGGGAUGGUGCUAAUGAUGUUUCAAUGAUCCAAAUGGCUGAUGUGGGAGUUGGCAUCAGUGGCCAAGAAGGUCGGCAAGCUGUCAUGGCAUCAGAUUUUGCAAUGGGGCAGUUCAGAUUCUUAGUUCCCCUUUUAUUGGUUCAUGGCCAUUGGAAUUACCAGCGGAUGGGCUAUAUGAUAUUAUACAAUUUCUAUAGGAAUGCAGUGUUUGUUCUUAUUUUGUUUUGGUACGUGCUCUUCACUUCUUUUACUUUGACAACUGCAAUCACUGAAUGGAGCAGCAUGUUGUAUUCUAUAAUCUACACAGCAGCACCUACAAUUGUUGUUGGGAUUCUUGACAAGGACCUAAGUAGAAGGACCCUUCUAGAUUAUCCUCAGCUAUACGGAGCUGGUCAGAGACAAGAAUGCUACAACUCAAAAUUAUUUUGGUUAACGAUUCUUGACACAUUGUGGCAAAGUCUGGCUGUCUUCUAUAUCCCUCUCUUUGCGUAUUGGGGCAGCAGCAUUGAUACAUCGAGUAUAGGAGAUCUUUGGACACUUGCAGUGGUAAUUUUGGUUAAUUUGCAUUUGGCUAUGGAUGUUAUCCGGUGGAAUUGGAUUACACAUGCAGCCAUUUGGGGAUCUGUAAUUGCGACUUGGAUUUGUGUCAUUGUCAUUGAUGCUAUACCUUCACUGGUUGGCUACUGGGCCAUUUUUCAAGUUGCAAAGACUGCAUCGUUUUGGUUAUGUUUGUUGGCAAUCGUCACAGCUGCGAUCGCUCCACGCUUUGUUGUAAAGUUUCUGUAUCAGUACUAUAGACCUUGUGAUGUUCAGAUCGCAAGAGAAUUUGAGAAGUUUGGCAAUCCAAGCGCGUCAAACCCUGCACAAAUAGAAAUGGAUGCGAUCUUGGACCCGCCGAGGAGAUGAGCAGGUGAUGUUAUUGCUUUCGACAUCUCCUUUUUGUUUUCUUUUGUAGAAAUGUUAUUCUUUAGGCUGCUUCAGAGUAUCUCUCUCCUAGUUGCCUCAUUGUUUAUUGUUUGCUAUCCGAAGGAUAGGGUUUGUAACUUUGUAGUGUCAGGCUUAUAUUUUGUGUUCCUCUUUUUUUUUUUGCUGUACCUUAAGAUUCAUUCGGUGUACUUGGACUUGUUCAAAAGAGAGAAGAAUUGGACAGUCGAUACAAUAAAUGAAUUUUACCACAGAA